AUUGCGCAUCUCUCUCUCUCGCUCUCUCUCUCUCUCUCUCUCUCUCUCUCUCUCUCUCUCUCGCUCUCUCUCUCUCUCUCUCCGUGCAGAGCCGGCUGCCUGUUCCGCCCUUUUACCUGCUGCCAUGGCCGCGGAGGCUGCCGGUCAAGAUGAUGCGACGGCCGGACCUGCAGACAUCACUGAGAUGGCGGAGAGGGUAAGAAGUAUUCGGAUCAUACCGGGUGGGUGGGGAGCUUCCUUCGCGGAAAAUUCAUGUCUCAGACCGCCUCAUGAUUGCAGGCCCCUGUCCCUGCCUGAAACGCUGCAGCAGCAAGAUGGAGUAAAACUCUGCAGCAGGAUGCAAGCUGCAGCUACAUGCAUUUCUGUUUGAUGUGUUUAUCGCGAUAAGUGGCAUGACAAAAUUUGAGAUAACAUGAACACCGGCCUUUUUAUCAGCAAUAGGGAGAGGAGGUGCAGAGCUGCAGCGGUUGCAGACCUCUCAUCUUUACAGAGUGACGCACAGAUGUGAAGAGAGAAGUGAGAGCGCACGCAGAGGCGGCAGCUGCUCGCUCAUUUGAUGUAAGCUAUGGUGGCUCAGCUUAUAAAUAACAGCGGCACUGGCCGGUCUCUAACAGUGAGUCUCACUCACUCACUUUCCCCGUUCAACGCUGACAGAGUUGAACGCGCCUGUUUUGCCCGUUUGCAUCCACUCGACAGUGACGCAAGUUGGCAACGACUUGGCAGGCAAAGGUAGGUAGGAGUUUUUUUUUUCUGAUCAGCAGAGCCGGGACCGAAUGAGUGAAUGAAUGAAAAGAGAGUCUUUGUUGAGCUGAUUGAGGUCAUUAACAAAGGAGAGUGUCCAGCAGGAGAGAGAGCCUUCGAGGCACAGUGUGCUGAAUUCUGUAAUUACAAGCAUGUUUGUUGAAGACUACAAGUGGAAGUGGAUUCUCAACAUAGAGGUUUCCACAGGACAAAGUGAGCUGUUUCUUUUUGAAAUUAUGGAUAAUGAAUUUCAAGGUGGGAUUUUUCCAGAAGAGUCUAAAAUCGCGUUGACCUGAUGACUGACCUAAAAAUCAUUCAGAAAAGUCAGUGAAAAAAGUAAAGCUUCCAUCUAGUUGUAAGUAAUGCACCUGUUGCAGAAGGGUGUGUGUGUGUGUGUGUGUGUGUGUGUGUGUGUGUGUUAAAUGGGUAUUCCUUAAGCGUCUUCCACCUGCCGGCUGCUGAACUGAACCUGUUCUUCCACUUUGCAUUGAGUUGGCUGAGAUGUUUGAGUCAGCUGAUGUUCACAUGCUUUAUAGUCGUUGUCCUGAAGUCUGUGGCCUCACUCAUCAGCCGCUCUUCAUUCUCUGUACUUCUCCUUUUUUAUUGCCUGCACUUUUAAUCAGGGUGAGUGUUUUUUUAAACUGCUUCCUUAUCUUCAAGUUUACCAUCCUGCAGAUAAGUUUAUCAGUUUUUGAAGUGCUAUCUUCGAUUCUUGCUGAUAGAUCUUAACUGCUCUUGAAUUAGCUUCUUCAGGUAUGUCACAAUGUGCAGCAACUGAAGUGUUGUUGGUACAGAUUGUGGUGAGAUUUUAUCCUGUGUGUAUUUUACAGAUGUAGGCUAUAGUGCCAAAGGUGAGGCCAACCAAAUGUGCCAGAUUACACAAUGCAGUCACCCUAAUCUCCUUGCUAGAAAAUGAGAGUUGCCGGAUUAAUACGAUGGAGUUAGUUGGAGAUGUGGGGGGAAACCCAUGAAAGAAGGCUGUCAUAAGAGAUUACUGUGCAAAGGAUUGGUUCACGACCCAAAUACUUAGUCUGCAGAAUUUGCCUGACAAGAUUCAGAGCAGAGACCAGGAGUAACAUAGCAUGAGAGUGUGAGAGACAGAGAGAGAGGGAGAGUUUCGGUGAGUUGUUGUUGCCAGAAGUGAGAUCUUCUUUGUCUCAUACUUGCAUUCUUGAAAACAAUAAAUCUGGUGCCUCCCUGGUUUACAAAAUCUGUUCAAUUUAAAUUUGAAUUAUUGCUGAGAAGGAUUUCCAUCCAAUUUAAAUUCUAAAAUGAGAGACUGUUGGAAGUCCCUCCAAAUUGUGUGAAAUACUCGGCAAAUAAACUCAAUUCUGCUCAAGUUGGAGGUGACUAUUUUAUUAUUGCAUCUUGUGAAAGCACAUGUAAAAUCUGCAGCUUUCUAGAAAAACAAGAACAGAAACAGACAGCUGGGCUCUCUAGUGAUGGCUUUCUUAAAAUGAAACCACUUAAAGUUCUCUAUCUAUCUAUCUAUCUAUCUUAGGAGACUUAAAUACACACAAAGAAACAAGUGAAGUGCACUUCCCUUUGUUGAUCACCACAUGGUUUUUAUAGAUAGCAGAUGCAGCUGUAUCUGUGUCUGACAUCUUAUCGGGGAGAGAAAGAUGUGUCACAUUUAAGGUCACUUAGAAUCACAAUGACUCUGCUUCAGUGACUUGAGCAAACUGCACCAGGUUGAAAUGUUUAUUUCUAAACCAAGGUAAGUCGAAGAUGAGUAAGUGCAACUGUGAAAUAUGCAAAGUUUCCUCCAAGUAAUCUACUGUCUAAAUGGGGGCAUAUGGUUGCCCCAGAACCGCUAUCACUUCACAUGAAUGAUGCCUUCUCAGAUGUGUAAGAGACCCAAGCCAUGGGGCAUGAAAUAUAGCUUAAAUUAUUCUAACUGAAUUGAAACCAUUGGAUUCUGUUUUUAUUAACAUUUUGCACAGAGUCUCAACUUAUUUAGUUUUGGGUUUGUGAAUUAUGUUUUAUAGUCACAUAGUCAAAGAUUUAUUCUGUAUAAUUUAAGUGAGCCUUUUUCAAACAGGCAUUAUUUAAAUGAUAUUUUAACAUAUCUUGGAGGUCGAGCUUGAAGAGUGAUUGCAACCUGUAUUUAUUGGAAACUCGUUCAACACUAAAUAAAAAAAAUGAUACUGACAAAGAGUGAGCAAGAGAGUGGCAUAUGAGGAGUGCAUGUGUUAUUACUAGCAGAGGCCGACAAGGGCAUCAUCCACAAACUAUCACCAUAGUUAAGUGUGUGUUGGACAGACACUCUGUCAUGAAGAUGUUACCUGUGUUCGACUAAGUUUUGUUUUCUGUUUUGCAGCUGAAGGAAGGGAAUAUGAAGGCUGACUUGGAGGCUUCUCUGCCUGCUGGACAGGAGGAGAAUGCGAUCCAGUGUCGAGAUGUGUGUCGAUCAUAUGGCAAACUGAAGGUCAUCAGCAACCUCAACUUGACUGUGCCACAGGGACAUAUGUGAGUGAAGCACACACAUUUGAAUUCAUCAUUAUGGCUGUGGUUCAAGACUGUAUUCUUUGAUUGAUAAGGCAUUUAUUAAUCCAUAAUGAGACAUCUGUUAUCUACCUUUAUCCAGUUUCAGAGGAGAGGUUUGCUUUUUUCUGUUGAAAUUCAGCAAUGUUUGCAUUCUUUAAAGUCAUUCAAAAACACAGGCUAAACAAGACUGUAAGAAAUACUUUCAAUUCAAUUUCAAUUCAAUUCAGCUUUAUUUAUAUGGCACUUUUCGUGCAUGAGGAAAUGCAAUUCAAAGUGCCUCACAGAGGCUAAAAACAACAAUAAAAACAAAAACCCAACCCUUCCACCCACACACACACCCAUGGACCCACACACACACAAAGACACACAUCCACCCUCACUCACCCACACAUAUGCACAGACACACAAUUGCACACAGUGUGAGAAUUUAUGAUAUAAGUUUAAGAGACAUGGCCUGACAGAGAUUGAGUCUUAAACUCCUAUAUAAACAUUUCAAUUGUCCUUCUUCUCAGUCAGCAGACAUGUUCUUAGUAUGCUUAUGAGAACUGCAUUCCCUAGGUGAAAGGUCCAUGGUCUAAAUGGAGCAGGUCUAGUCACCUUUGUCAUGUACGUGUCAACUGAUUGCUUGAGAAAAACUAAAUUUCCUGCAAAAACAAUCUGGAGCCUCCUGAAACUAUAAAAAAGACCACAGAAAAUGAUCUUCAUUAUGCAUGCCAAUCCUGGUUUCACGUCACUGCACCUGGUGUAUUUUGAUGUUUCAGUCUGAGAUCUAUAUCUAUUGUUUCUCAGCACGUGCGCUUCAUAGUAGGGAAUUCAUGCGUUGACACAGUAGUACAAUCACCUUUCUCACACAUACCAGAAUUCCUGAAGUGACACACAGGAUGAAGAAAAUUGGGGGGAAACAAAAACCUCAAAUUAGAAAUGUAAAAGCUUCUUCAGGAAUUAAGUGCAAAAGCUGGGACUAAGUGUUGAAUAUUUCUGUCAGUCAAAGGCUAAAAGGUCUCGAAAAUGAACUGAAAAAGAAUCUGGUACAUAGUUACAAGAGGAAUCCUUCUAGACAAAAUAACAGUGAGAUUUUCAGAGGCAUGCUGAAAGUGAUGUGCUCGAAUUGCUCCAUUUUUGUAAUAAAGACUUAAUAUGAAAUUGACACUAAAACCCUUAUCAGUUCCAAAUACACUGACUUUAUGUAAUGUACUCAAGCAUAUUUCCCAUUUUCUGCCACUUUUCUCCUACUAUCAUAACUGAGCCCACCACUUAAUGCAUCUAGUAAAUUUGAAGACAAAAAACAACUCUGUAUGGCUAACAUAACACCAAAAACAUUACAAAACCUGCCGAGCUUGUACUGUGCAUGAAAAGACAAUUUUUUUAGAUAUGUGAGCAGGCAUAGAAUAACUGUAAACCCUCCCUCUAUCCUUCAUGCUUAGCUAAGCUGAAGCUAGUCCUCUUUGAGCAGCACUACAGUGAGAAAAGUAUUUUUAAUUGCAUAUGCAAUAAGAUUAGCAGCUAUAUGUAAAGUCACUUGAUGAAUCUGAGUCCAGAAAUCACCUGAAAACUCACCUUUAACUUUGUCUUUGGUCUCUACCAACUCCUACUGGUGUAUAUGCAUUUAGCAGCUCAGCUCAACUUGAGUCUCAUCUAAAAGCAAAGGGUAGUAAAUCUUGAAUAUUAUUUUAAGAGGCUUUUUAAAACCUUUGUUAGUUGGGGCCUGGAGCGGAGAUAGAUAGAGCUGGUUAAAGUUACCAUGAUGAAAACAAGAAUAACUAAAAUCACUCAUGGACUGCACCAGGCACCGAAGGUCAAAAUAUUUCACUUUUUUCUUAAACAGGUAUAAAUGUUUUGUUUACUUGUAGAUUCUAAGGAAUAUUCAACAUUAAGAUAUACUGUUAACUUAUCUCGCUUUUAAAGUGAAUUACAUAAUCCUACUUUAGGGCCCUCUUAAAGGCACUUGUAUGUAUUGUGGUUGUGCUAAGCUGCCUGUAGUCGCUGUUGGACUGUAACAUUCAUCUGGUUAUAUUCAGGUGCCAUUAAACAAACAUAGACAGCAUGUAUUGCAUUUCCUGUGUCUGCAGAAGAUAAAAUAUCUUGAACACGUUUCCUCUGAGUCUUUUUAGUUGACUUUUUUUUUGACUAACUCUUAACCAAUCUUAUGAUUUGUUGUAUCUUGCAUGCUCUUUAUUUUGUGUUGCAGUUAUGGUCUCUUGGGGCCCAGUGGAUGUGGGAAGACAACACUGUUGAAAUGCAUCGUGGGAACUCUAAAAAUCUCACGAGGUCACAUCACUGUGUUGGGGAAGCCACCUGCUUUUCCAGGUCACAAUGUGCCAGGGAGGAUGGUGGGAUACAUGCCGCAGGUAAAAAAAAAUACACCAUCCUGUAAUGCCUCAACAACAUACUGAAAUAUAAAGCUGUGUUUCGAUUCUGUAGAUAAGCUAUUUGAUAAGGACUUCAAAGUUAUUGCUAAUUAUUCAUCUUGAAUAAUUAGAUAUUUGGAAGAGUCACAAAUUCAUGACAAUUCACUUUUACACUUAAAUUCCAGUAUCUCACAAAUUAUAUUUCUCUGCCGCCCCAAAGUCUUUUACAGUCUUUUUGGAUGAGAUUGCAACAAUUUUUGCUUCUUAUAGCAUAAUAUUACGGUAUAUGCCACUUAGUCUGCCAUUUCAUAAACUUUAGUAAUCACUCUUCCAUUUGACAUAAAAACUGCAUACACACACACCUCAGCUGAUGGUAUUCUAAUGUCUAAAGCCAAUCAAUCACUGUCCCAUAAUGUUAAACAUAUCCUUUGUUUCUUAGGAUGUGUUUAACACUGGCAAAGGAAACCUGAGUUCCCCUCUAUCUGCUCUUCCAUUUUUAUUAAAUGCAAUAGUGUCAGGUCAGAUGUAUACAUGCAUUAUAAUGGUCAAACUUGAUGUGAAAUGAAUUAAAGGUGACUGUACUUUUAUACAGUCACCUUUUGCCCUGGGAAAAACUAGUUUGGUUCUGAUUUCUAACAAAGCCUACAAAGUCUAAGUCGAAUUUCUUACAGCUCUUUGUCAGCAAUAAGCCCCAUUACUCUGCCAGUAAUCUCUUUAUUAAUCUCGAGAAUAUUCUCACUCUGACACCAUGCUGAAGGCUGUAUGUUAGUGUCCUGUUCAGGGGCUUGAUUAAUUUAUCUCUUUUACAGUCAGUGGUCUGCACUGGAGUGUCUCUCAUUACUGUCACACUGGAUAUCUGAUAAAGCGUAACACACAUGCUGCGUGUAUCCUGUGGCAUCAUAUCCGUUGGUGUAGGACGUGAUCUGUGACCCAGUGACGAGGAAAUGUGACACCUGAUCUGUUCCCCAGGGUGUGACUGUUGUACUUCUAUGGUGAACUUGUCUUUGCUGUCUGGAGCCACAAUGGUGAAAAAUCCACGGACUCGUGACUUUUUGUCUCGCACAAGGAAGCUAGAAAUGCACAAUACACCGUAUUUAUUGCCAGAGAAAAAUGUGCAUAUGUACCAUUAUUUAAACUGUUAAUCCUUUAAGAUUAACAUUUCCUGCUGUAAUCCAGCAGUAACAUACUUGCUCCUUGAAAAAGUGAAGUCAAAGGUCUAAAGAGGCAGCAGAGUACAUGCAGGCAUGCAUGCAGAUGAUCUUCUGUUGAAAUGUUAUAUGGUUAAUUUUCUGGGUUGCUUUUUUGAAUUGGAUUUUGUGUAGAUUACACUAAACAGUCGGUGAUACAAGUGUAAUCUAAAAAACUUUAAUGUGUCAUUUUAAAGAUAAGAGCUGCAGGUCAUAUUUGAACCUGGGCUGUCUGCCUCUGUUUACAGGGUGUGCUAUUUAACACUGAGCUAAACUGGCACCUCUCAAUCAGUCCUUGUAAUAGAGAUGGGCGUGGGGUGUCCUGUGACUGCAGAGCUGUGUGAUGAUCAGAGUGCCCUAUGUUUCUGUUGUGUUGUAUUGAGAGCUGUCAAUCAAGAGCUUACUUUUUGAUCAGAUUCAUGCUCUUGAGCUUUUCGGACUUUAAUGUACAUAUUGAAGGGGGGGUGUUUGAUUACCAAACAGUGCAUAUUUUCUGGUGUGAAGUCUUUUAAUAUUUGAUCAAUUUGGUUCCUUGGGUGUAAAAAAAUAACAUUUUUUGGUAAGUAUUUGUGGUUCUUUCACUGAGUACGGUUUCCCAAAGAACAGUUUUUGUAUUUUGACAGAAGAUUCAUAUCAAAGCCCCACAUGUAUUGAAGAUGAAAAGGUUGAGUUAGGGACUUAGUCAAGCCUCCAUCAGCUUAAAUUAUUAUGUUCACUCAUAGUCAUGUUACCUAAAGGUGGUAGGUCAGCUAUGUUAAGAUUUCUAUAAAGGGAUCCAAAAGUCAAUAGUAUUUCCAAACUACAAUUAAAUCCAGAUUCAAAGUGACACAUUUCUCCCCUUAUUAAACUGUUGCUGCUGUGUUUGUGUCUUUAAAGUUACUUUCUGUGUAUUGCAGGAAUUGGCACUGUACAACGAGUUCACGAUCAGCGACACCCUGAUCUUCUUUGGCCGAAUCCACGGCCUGACAUAUAAGGAAACCCAAACACGCAUGGAUUUCCUGGUCGACUUCUUGGAUCUACCUCAGAAGAACAGUCUAGUCCGAAAUCUCAGGUAAAAACACCAGUCUGCAGGACCUGAUGUUAGUCCAGUUUAUUGUGCCUCAUAAACCUGUGUGUUUGCAGUUGCAGCUGAUAAGGGAGCCAGCCACUCAGCUUAAAGACCCACUCCCUUGAAAAUCAUGUUUUUUUUCUUGUCUACAUAUUCAUAUGGACUUUUUCUGAUGCUACAGGACAUAACAUGGGAAAAAUAAGUGCGAAAUUGCAUUUCUGAGUAUUUUUGCAUUCAAAUCCCUGUGAACAUCUCAGAGACCCGAACAGCAGGUUCAGACACUGUGGGUUUUUCUCUGUCACAAAUCCAAGCUCUGCCCCCCCAAGCCUCACUAUGCAGGCCAGACUCAGAGAAGUAGAGAGGACAAUCGCGGAACAAGUGUGUGUGUGUUAGCGGAUUGCAAUACUAGUAAAAAUGCUAAUUAUGAUAUUAACUUAAACUACGUCCCUAAAGACAUUAGUGUAUGAGAGCUGAAUAGCUCCCAUGUUACCUGCCACUUGAAUGACACCAGCAAAGUUAGGCUGCAAGCUCGUGUGAAGAGGAGUGUGAGGAGCAGCGCUGUCUCCGCCCACGACUCAGGUGAAUUGCUAAUGGGCUAUUGGAGCUCUGCAGAAGAAAAUGACAUGGGUAAUGUAAUUUUGGCUAAAAACUCAAUAAUCACAACUUAAAGACCACUCAGAAGACUUCGAGUAGUAAAAAAAAAAGAUCAGAGCGGGACUUCGAGUUCUGUAAUUCACUGCAGGUGAAUGUUAAAGGUACAUCACUUCUUUCAACAAUCACUAGCUCAAGCUCGUGACUGGUUGUCCUGUAAUGAUGCAUCCCUUUAUUGGAAAAACAGCUGCAAACUGACCACAUUUGAUCUGUUUUGUGGAGUUAUUGAGGUAUCAUUAAAUGCAUUUUUAUAGCUGUCUACCCAUGCUGGUGAACUGUGACCCUUUUACUUCAUAGACAUCCAUAGUCACUCUCUCCCCUGAUGGUUAUAAAGCCAGUGCCCAUAAAACAAUAUAAUUUUUGUCUGGUAACAAGACAAAGAAGAGCCAGAUAAAGAAAGCAGAUGCAUCAGAAGCUUAGGAGGGUGUGUUGUGUGAAACUUUGAUUACAGGAGAGGGAUUUUAUGUCAAUCUAGCAUUUAUGUUUCCAAAUCUCCUACUCUAAGGACAGUCUGUGUUGGGUUUAGUCUAACAUCCUAAAAUGACACAGACAGUCAACAAGUUUCUGUAAGUUGAUAAAUGUAAUGUUGGGUCUAGCCUCUUGUUCUUUGAGUGUCUCUUUGAAACUCUGAAAAUAUAGCAUUUAGAAGUUACUGUAUCUCCAACAAGGUUUUAAUAGCAAACAUUAAAAGUCAAAUGUCUUGAUAUAGAAGCAAUGUAUGGUGACUGUGAAUGUGAUUUUAGUUGGAAGAGUUUUAGGGCAGCAUAUGGUUUUCUUGGUUAUGAGUUUGGACUUAGUGCUAUAGUCAGGUAUGUAAAGGGCGUACGGGCUUUGAUUGCUAUACUGCCACCAUAGCUUGUGCAUUGUUAGAUUACCACAGAUGUUUUUAUUCAUGUUGUUUCAUCAUUUGAUUUGGUUUGACAGCAAAGUGCAUCAAGUGCGUCACGUCAAUCCAAGAUCAAAUAACUAGAAGGUUUUACAACAAUCUCCUCAGUUUUCAUCAAGGGGAGAUUUUCAAAAUACAGUAUGAAACAAGUAGUCCAAUUUUCCGAAGUUUUUUCUUUAUCAAAUUCAGUUUGCCCACUGGAGCCUGUAACAUCUUAAUGUAGCAGGACUGGUUUCCGGGCUUUUCAGCUUAUCAAGUCAAAUAUCCACAGGACCCUUCCAAGACCCCUGGAGAAACAAGAGAUCUGUCUAUACAGCUUUAUUCUAUGACGUUAAUCAUUUCUAUUAACGUUUGUCUAUGUGAUUUUUUUAUCUUGUGCAAAUAAGACAUCAACUUUUGCACCAAAGCGAAGCUCUGAAUACAAUGGAGUGAGUAUUUCAGUUUUCCGUUGGCCAGGGUUGUGGCUUCACAGUUUAUCGCCACCUUACCUCAAGCACUAUCUAAAAGUCUAGCUCUAAUCAGAAAUGGGAUUUGCUGCUUUGUUUGCAGUAUUUAACACGUUUAUUUUCCCGUUAAACUUAUCAUACCAGCUGAGAGCCUUUUCCAGCUUUCUGCCAAUAUACUGCUGCUUCAAUCUCUUGCUCUUCAUAGUUUUAGAGCUAAAACUUCUCGGCAUAAAGAGUUUAGCUGUCUUACUAAAAAUGAAACUCAGCAUUUGACUUCAUAUUUCUGAUAGAUCUCCUCUCAACACACUUCUGAAAAUGGUUACAGCCGAUGAUUGGCUGAGGACCCAGUUGCAGAACAGAGUAAAAAAAAAUUCAGUAUUAAUGAGGUUUCAUUGCAAAGAAAGGAAGAUAGGGAUGUAUUGAUAAAUUGUAUAAGUUGCAGAAGACAGGGCUCAAGAAUGUGAGUGGGACUGUAAGUGGGGCAUCAAGGUGAGGAGCUGAGAAUCCAGUGGUCAGAUUGAGGGAGAUAAACAAAGAUAGGAAUGACUCUAAGUCAGACAGAAAAGAGGAUAAUGAAUGUGUCAAAAUUAGACACAGCAGUACAUUUCUUCAUUUACGAAAUGAAUGGAAAAGACCCGAGAGGUGGUCUGCUGCAGUCAGUGCAAAACAAUCUGGCAAUGAGUGGAUGGAGAGCCAUCCUAGGUCUACUGUUAAGGUGAUAAGUAGAUAGAGAACAGGUGUGUAGGUGUGAGCAGGUGGAUUGAAUGAAUGAGCAGUCAAGGUGCUGAAAAGGGAAAAAACACAUCCAUACUCACAGACACUGACAGACAGAGGGGAAACAGGAUCAAACGAAAAGAAAAACACGUGACUUGGCCGGAACCAUCACAAAAAUAUGAAUUUAUUAUGUAAAAGCCUACGUCCUGUAGAAUGAUUUACUUAAGAGCUGACAUCAAAGUGUCACAUGUAGUUUCUCUUGUGGUCAAAUGUCCCUACUUGUAAUCCUGCAGUGGUAUGUAACACAAAGACUGCUGAAACUGAGCCUGAUUCAUACCAUAAAAGUUAUUCUGGGUAUGAAUAAACACACACCUUCAGCUUCUUGUCACUUGCUCUUUUAUUUUGAUAUUAUGAAGAAUUGAUCAAACUUUUUCUCACGGAUUAAAGAAAUGUUCUUUUUAGAUGUCCUAAUCUAAAACAGCAUUUCUUUCAGUGCCCCUUCCUCCUGUCAGCAGAUCUUGUUGUUUCCCUCUGUGUCGUCUGGCAGGUUUGUCUUGCAGGUUUUGUCGCUGCUACUUUUGUAAUGAGUGUCAGCAAUGAUGAAACAAGGAUCUGGAACGUGGGAGAAGAUUCACCUUUGACCUGUUUUCUGUAACCUCAUUAGUUUUCUCCUGUGUUGUUACAGUGGAGGGCAGAGGCGCAGGGUGUCUCUUGGUGCGGCCCUGCUACAGAACCCUGAACUGCUUAUCCUGGAUGAGCCCACAGUGGGGGUCGAUCCUGUGCUUAGGGCCAAGUAUGUAACACACAAAUAUUCAGACACAUUAAUUCAUAGAUCCAUCUAUUCCUUGAAAGUUGUAUUUCAAAGAAAAGUAUUGCUCAGUAUUUCUAUCACUAAAGACCGGUUUUACUUCAGUUUUUCUAAUCUGACAGAGGAAAGCUCUCAAACAACAACAAAUUUCGACACACUCUACACAGAUAUUUGGGCCAUAUGUUUAUGAGAUAAUAUUUUAAAAUAUUGACAGCAUGCUGCUUUCCUUCAGUAGAUAGUGUCAAAGUUAUUGUGCAGAGGCACAAUAAAACCCUGUAGGGGCAGAUGGUUGGCAGGAAAACUGCUGCUGGCGGGGCUGUAAACUUUUUAGGAACGGCAAACUAAAACUCAUUUUAAAAAAUCUUCAAACAAGUGAGUGGAGUGUUGUGUAAUUGAUUUGUUUCUUUGGUCUCUUUUGAAGGAUCUGGCAGCAUCUUGUGGAGAUUGUGAAGACAGGGAAAGUAUCAGUCAUAAUCACUACACACUAUAUUGAAGAGGCCAGGCAAGCCAACGUGGUGAGUUCACUCAUACAUGCAUGGAUACACACACACACACUAACAUGGACAAUCGGAGACAAAUGAAGCAGAAAUACACUCAAACAGGAAUGCUGCCGCAAAAUCAAUAGAACAAAGCACUGCAUAUGUUUCGCCUCUUCCAAGAAAAACAAUGUGCCUAUUGAUAUCUGUGCUGUGUAAAGAUGAGAGAUCAAGUUUAUUCUUGAUUAGUUUGGACAUGACAGAACAAAGCUGACAUUAAAUGAAAGUUACUGGGAUAAACUUUCUGUGGAGUUUGUACAGAAGCCCUCUUUUAUCUUGGUCAUAAAACUAUCAACUCUCCUGUUGUCAAUAACUUUUUUUUUUUAAAUCCAAGUUAUAUUUUUGGGCAUUUUGUCUGUGUUGAAUAGGACAGCUAAAGAAAGACAGGAAAUGUAGAGAGCAGAGAACAUGCAUCAAAAGUAAAAGGCAAAAUGAGUGAGGCUCCUGCAAUGCUGGGCCAAUGUAACUCAUUCUGAAUAAUAAAUCUGUUAAAGAAAUUAGUUAGAGUGAAACCCAUAAGAACUCCUGCUGUAAAUAAUCAUGAGAGCAACGUAUGUGAAGGAAUGAGCAACACGAAUGUGGACUCUACAGAUAGUAAGUCACAGCUCCCCAUUUAUCACAGUCCAUUUAACACCCAUUUCACCCCAUGAGUUUAGUCCUUGUUUAAACAGUAAUCUUCUCUUAUGUAAAGUCCUUAAUACCUGAAGUGCUUUACGAAUGCAAGUUUUUCUUGUAGAUUAGGCUGUCACCAUACCUCAGAGUAACAAAGCUUUAAACCACUCCUAGCCCUCCCACCAGUAAGUCAACAUAAUAAAUAUGGCUUCCAAUAAUGCCACUGUCAUGUAACUUGUAUGUUGUAUGCUUUUAUAUUGCUUGCUCACCCUGCAUAUGUUAGCAUCUGGCUAGCACGAGACAGUACACGCCACGGCAUAGCACCAGCUAGCAGGUCAAGCAGUUGGUUGUAAAUUUUCAAAAGUUUUGUCCACUUGUGAUACCAUGAUGCCUUCUUAUUUUAUCCUAAAUCUUCUUAUCCUUUGUUGAGUUUGACCCCUGCUGUAUUAUGCUUGAAAUUGAAUGUACAGGUGGCAAAUUUGUGUCACAUCUACUCUCUAAAUCUUGGCAAUCUGGUUUGUGCUCAAGUCCUCUUUUUUCUGUACAGCUCCAUUUUUAAAAAUUAUUAGGGGGUUCGUGUUUUGUAUGAUUGACACUUGAUACAGCCUAUGGGUGUACGGAGAUUGCGUAGCUCACCUGAAAACGCAAAAGGGGAAGGUACCCAGAAGUGCUGGGCUCUGAUUAGUUAUUCCUAAUAGCUGUGAAACGUUAACGUCUGUCGGGUUAGGGUUAGGGGUAGGGUAAGGGUUAAGGUCCCAACACACCAGGAACGACGCAACAUUAGGAAAUAUUCGAAGGCGAAUUUUGACGCGCCUGACUAUACACAUCAAGCACAAUUUAAUUUUGCGACUUUGCGAGGGGAAAAAAAGACGCGUCCUCCGUGGAAGCGAGAAGACUGACUCGAGACUGACUGUUUUUCAGUUCUGAUUAGACACUAGUGUUGAGAUGGCUGUCUGUCAUGAUAGCAUGUACUGAGUCGGGGCCAGUACCAGAUAAGAACAUUAAACUAUAAUCCAUAAACGUAAGGUAACAACUGAGACCUGAUGGUGCUGUGACAGCAACGCGAUUGAGUUUGAGACAGUGAAAAUACAUAUGGUAUGUUGUAUCUGAUCAGGUUAGCUUAUGAGCUAAAGUUACUUAGCACAGAUGAAAGUUAAAAACAAAGAUGUUUAGCAAACUGUUAAAGCACACAAACCAUCGUCAUAUGAGAAAUCCGAUGCUAUGACUCUCCACAAGUUGUCCUUCGGGUCGUUAUCUUUCUAAUGUUUGUGUCUUUAAUCAAAAAGCACUCUGUUUUCCGACACGUAAACAAUCAGCUGGUCGGCCAUGUUGGAUACCUGGUGAAUCAGACGUCACAACAACACGCAAUCUGAUUGGUCAGAAGUGGACACACAGUAUGCGAAAAAAAUGAAUGAAGCAACAUCGCAGGACGGGAAAACGUCGCUGAUGUUAGCGCUUUUACUGACAGGAUACAGGUUCAGAAAAAAAUAUUGAUGUCCAAAAUAAUCACACGAAAAAAUGCUCCCGGUGUGUAAGGACCUUCAGGGUCAGGAUUAGGAUGAGGUUUAGGGUUAGGAGAUUCAGAAGUGCGAUAAUGUUCUGUAUUGUUCUGUUUGAUGUACAGAGCCGAUAGCCUGCGUUUGGCCUGAGCGCGUGAUGACAUUCUUAGCUUCUCUAGCCAAUCAGAGGCGAAGGAGGUGGGACUUUCCCCCACUGUCCUACAAAAAAAUAAAUAAUGCACCCAGGAAAGUUACUGUUUGAGCAGAAUGUCAUCACGGCUUGCCGAAUGCGUCACUCUCCAACCGAAUGCGCACAACGCUACUGCGCAAGUGGUGGUUUCAGGAAGUGGAGAAAAUCCCAGAAAUGCAGAGAGCAAUUUGGCUUCAAAUUCUUAUAAUGACAAAAGACGAAGCCAAGUUGUCCAUAAUAUAUACAGUCUAUGGGCAAGGCACUGCUGGCUGUGUCCAGCAGUGUGUGAAUGGGAUAACUUAACACUAAUGGACAGGUUACACAGCAGCCCCUGGCAUCAGCGUGUGAAUGUAGCGUGAAUGAGUGAAUGGGACAUGAAAUGUAAAGGCACUUUAUGUGGUCAGUUAGCAAAAGAAAGGGCAGUCUAUUCCAACAAUUGAUUUAUUAAAAUGUUGAGAUUGACUUUCGGAUAACUUUUGAAUGACAUUAUAACCCCACUUUUGGUAGCUGCAAACUGGAAAAUGUUACCAGCUUAAGUUUCAUUUGAGAUUUUGUGGUUAUGUUAAGUUUCAAUACAGUUCAAGAAGUUUCAUAGCAAGUAAAAGCCUUACAAAAAGCCUCAACAUGUUCCUUUUUUUAACCUCAAGAAAAUGUUGUAUGUUCUUUUUCCAGGUUGGACUCAUGAGGAAUGGACAUCUGCUGGCUGAAGGUCCUCCAGAAGUAGUCAUGAAGCAACACAGUGCAACAGUGAGUACUUAAGACCCUGCAUGUGAUGUGGUGACACCAGGAACACUGGUGGUUGUAAGGGGAGGGAGGCUCAGUGGUACUACUGAGCAAGGCAGUUUAAUUUCAUAUGCAAUGGUGAUUUAAAGAGCUUUUUAGUCAGUGCUCGUCUGGCAGAAAUAACUGAAAGAGAAAUCUUUACAUCCCCAUUUGGUCACUUUAUUCUCUGCUGCAGACGCUUGAGCGAGCUUUUCUGCAGUUGUGCGAGUCAUCAGACCAGAUCGGCUCUAAACGGGGGUCCAGUCCACAGACAGGGCCUUUGGAAAACAGUCAAUCAUUUGAGAGCGGACGGGAUGAGACUAAACCAAUCCUUGGGGUUGGUUCAGGAGGUGCAGAGGAAAUUCCCAAAUAUUCAGGUACUUCUUGGAACAUGCUGAAGUUUCCUUUUUCAGACAUUGGAUAUAAAAUUUUGGUUAUUAAUAUGGCCAUCAUCUCAAAUAACUAUUGCAUUAUUCAUCAUUUUGAACUUAUAUUACAAACCUCUUCCCCGUGAAAUAACUGUUGACCAUAUGUGAAGUAAUUGUUCCUUAAAGUGUGUAUUUGUUGUGUGUUGUCAGCUGACUGGAAGGUGCGUGCGCGGCAUGUGUGGCCAAAGUGGGGGAACAUUGCUGCCCUUAUGAUCAAAACAAUGGUGCGGAUGAAGAGAAUGCCAGGGUGGGUUUCAGUGAAUAUUUAUUAUUGGUGUAAUCAUCCAUGCAGCAGAUAUGAAGAUGAGUAAAUGUUGUUGCAGCUGUGAUGACUUGACCAUGUUUCCCUCCUGGCUCUACAGCUCGCUGUGUUUCCAGUUCUUGUUGCCCGUCAUCCAGGUCUCUCUGAUCUGUAUGUGUGUUGGAGGGGAUCCAAAGGGAAUCCUGGUUGCCGUGGUAAACAAUGACACCUCCCCAUCGUCUUACAGCCAGUCAGUGCUCUCCUUCCUCGACAACUCCAGCAUGUAUCAGGUAUUUUUGUUCCUUAAGAGAUUAUUGAAAUGAAUGCAGAUGAGACAUACUGCACUCAAGAGUGACAACCCAAGAGCAACUUUUUUACACAUUUGUCUCAAACAGUUCAGAUAUUUUCAUUGAUUUUCUUUGUCUGUUAUUAUGUUGAUUAAUGUCUGUCUUGUUGUUAAUCAAAAUGAGAGCACUGUAUCUGUGUUUUGACUUGAAGUAUCAGGUCUGUUUUCAUAUUUGGCUCAGUCUGCAGAGGAAAUAACCAGCUUUGCACACAAUGGUUGUAAAUUAGACCUUGACCAAAUGGUUUCGCUUCUCUUUACAGAAAAAUGGAGACUUCCAUUUCCCAGGAAAUCAGUGUGUCUUUGUAAAUUCUGCUUGUUCUCUGUAUUUACUGACAGGUGCAUUUGCCCCACAACGAUGCUUUUGAAGGGAUCCGUAAUGGAGAGUACUGGGGUGUCAUUGGCUUUGGCAAGAACUUCACCAGCUACUUGACUAAAAGGUGAGAAAGAGUGGUCUAUUAUUGUCUGAGAGCCACAAUCACCACUAACCAGUUUAGGAAUAAAUGCAAACAAAAAAGAGCUAAGGUUGAGUGGUGAAAGGUUGCAAAACUGUAAGCAACUCUUUUUAAUCAUACUAAUCCUAACUGCCCUGUAUUGCCUGGGACAUCGUGCAUUUUAGGGCUUAAUUGGUUUGUUUCAUAUGGGACCUCAAUGGUCUUGUAUAUUGACUGUUAACUCUUGUAAAUACAGCAGACUGCACUCUACAGAUCCUAGAUCAGAUAAAACAGCAGUGCCAGAUCAUGUAUCAAUCACUCCACUUAACACCUGUCAUUCAGUCACAGGCGCCAUCGCGUGCAUCAGUUGUAUACAGUGUAAAUGCAUCGAAAAAAAAGUUUGGGUAAUUAUUUAUUGAUUUAUUUUUUUGUAAAGGGUCAAAUUGUGGUUUAUUUGAGGUUUAUUCAUAUAAGGUUAUAUAAUGAUUCAGACAGGAUGAAAGAGAAUAUACACACUUUCCAGUUGAAUCAGAAUAUGAAUAUACAGUACUCACACAUCAUGCUCACAUCACUAUGGCACCGUGCACUGUAAGGAAGUUGGCAACCUUAUUGUAAUGUUAUUUACUGUCAUCCAUAGCUUGUGUUUGGUUAGAUGGUAUUUAAGGCAACAGUAUUUCAAGCAAUCAAGAAGUUUCUGGCUAAGGUUACAGCUUCUUCUACAGUGUUUAAUAGGGGUUGAAAGCUAAUGUUAGCUGCAGUGCUCAUGUGUUAGUGAACCAAAUUUUCACUGUCAUUUGUCUUUUGAAUUUUCUCAGAUUGUUUGAACAAGUUGCUAACCUGGUCCACAAGUGAUAUUAGCGAUCCACCCUGGUAGUGACAUUUCCACAGUUUAGAUGCUUCAUCACUGUGUUGAGUUCAUAUGUAUAACUUAACUUGUUUUAGUAGACUGGAGCAGACAAUAUAGUCUCAAGUGUUUUCAAGUAUACAUGUCUAAACAUGCCUGACCUAUAUGUUGUGCAUUUCUGUUGCCUCCGCUCUCCCCUCUGGUGACACUGAACACGCAGCAUUGUUUUUGUUCCCUCCUUGCGCUUCCUUCCUCCCAUGUCUUCUUUUUCUGUUUGUCGCACCAGAGGCUGAUACUCAUGAUGUUAUGCACCUGCAAUGCAAUACUGAGCACCAAAAGCUUUGUUUGUACGUCAGUGUAGUCGCACAGAAACCACAGCAAAAUGCCUGUGUGUGUGUGUGACGCACAGGCCACAUUCCGGCUACAGAAGCAAAGUCAUCUAACAGAGACACAAGGAGGGACGCAAACUCUUAACCUUGCUGCAGCUAAAAAUAACUACUAACAUGAAAACACACUCUUUCAAAAGAUGGGUGGAGGCGUGUAUUUAACUUAAGAUGGGUGGCAAAGCUUUGCACAGCAGACAUUGCACAACAAAACUCUUUCCUUAACUACUUAAAAGUUUAAUGUGCAAUGUAUUAGGGACAUAAAUGAUCACCAGCAGCAUGAUUCCUCAACCCCUAUAUGUGACCUCCUGAAUUUUCCAUGAUUGAGCCAAGAUUAUGCUUGUGUUGUUUUUUUAUCCUUCAAUAGUCAUCAGAUUAAGUAGGCCUAUCAUAAAAUCUUUGGAUAAACACAAAUGUUGCCUUUGGUUGAUGUUGGCGAUUUUUUACACUUAGCAUUAAUGCUACAGUCAACGUAUGAUAUUAUUGCAUUUAAAACUGAGAUUAAAAGAAAAAAAAAAUCACAACUUUAUUUUAAUUAUGCCUAAUUCACAACCAAUUAGCAUCCUGCGCUGUGUUGCUGAGUGCAGUAUCUUGUGGUGUACAUAAACAGAAAUGAAACCACACCAGUCCAUACGUCAGAAUUACAGAAUCAUGUGAGGAUGAGUCAGUCCUGGAGAGGGAAGGCAUGAGUUGUUGUUCUUACAGAUUGAAUCACUAUUCCUUUCAGUGUGUGUGUGUGUGUGUGUGUGUGUGUGUGUGUGUUACCUGGGUAGACAGUCUGGUCCUUCCUGUCCUUAACACACCUGAGCAGGUCACAGCUUAGCUUCCACCAAUCAAACUCUCAUUCCUCCCUUAUCAUGUGCUGUUCAUGUGACAGACCUGCAAGAGGGAGACAAAAGGUGUUUUUGCUGCUGUGUCUCCUCGUCGAGUGAAAAUAAUCUGUCUUUCAAUGAGAGCCAUAUUCUUCCUAUGUAAGCCAAGCUUGCAAUUAUUCAUUAAUGCUGCAAAUUUCAAGACCACAAGUACUCCUCAACUUAUUACUGAACAAUUAAACUUGUUCUCUUGACUCAACUAAAUAAUUAACAGAUGAUUGCAUCUGAAGUGGCUUUUUUAAGGGGAGGCCUGCAGCCUUGUUGGGUCAGGAAGGAGUGCAAAUGGAAAACAUCUCUUCAAACAGUGGUAAAAUAAAAAUAACAAACAGCUGUUUUUUUUUGUUGUUGUUUGGUUUUCCAAGUGCUCCUUUGGGUUGUAGAUUCCUGGUUGGAAGAAAGGCAAUCUAUUUAAAGAGAUAAUUUUAGGGCUAUGGGAAAGCAGUUUUACUUCAUAAUAAAGAGAGAACUAACCUCUUCAUCAUGGCCUGUAGAGAGGUCUUUUAUUCGUAGUUAAUACUUCCUGCAAACCCAGGACAGGACAUAUUUGCAUAUUGAAAUGGAUUGAUUUUACAGGAUGAUCCAACGGCAGGUUUCCAGAGAAGUUGUUGAUGGGGGAUCAGUACAUGUCUGGCUGGAUCUGACAAGUAAGAAGAAAACUCUCUUGUAGUUCCUUAUCUUUUGGUAAACCUUUUAAAUAUGACACUUGAGACAAUAUUUGGAAACAAUGAAAAUAGCUUUUGUGUUUUCUGUACAUCUGCUAUAUUUCAGGAAUUUGAAUGCAGAUAUAUACCAUAACUAUGCAUGUAUGCAAAUAUCCAGACAUUUUCUCACUGUUAUUUAAUUUUUUACACACCUAAAUUUAAGUUGCAAAAGACCUGUGAUAUACAGGUGCAUCUCAAUCAGUUAGAAUAUUGUCAAAUAUGUGUAAGUUGCUUUAAGUUUUAUCAUCAAAAUGAAAAGAAAUAGAUACUAGAAAUACAAGAAUAAUAAUAAGAAGAACUUUAUUUGUCCCUGAAGGGAAAUUCAAUGUCUAAAAUAUAUGUCUGUGUGUGAUGAAUCUUUAUGUUUGAGUUUUACUUUUUGAACUGAAUUAAUUAUACUGUGUCCAAAAAGUUCAUGCACCACAGAAAAAGUUAACACAGAUUGGGAAUAUUCAACAGAAGAGCCAGUGGCAAUGGCUUGAGCACAGACCUGAGGCUCUGAAACAGCAGCCUCUUCAGAUCUUUGUUUGACCCUCUUGGCAGCACUACCAGAAAGGUUCUCUCAGUGACAUACUCCAUGGUCAGCCAAGAAAUUCAUAGGCCUAUCACAAACAGAUGAACUAUUAAAUAACCUUGGGGUGCAUGAACUUCUGGGACUCGGUGUACUGAAAUGAAUCAACUUUUUGAUAAUACUCUUAAGUUACUGAGAUGCAACCAUAAUUAUAACCCUGUGAAUCCAAGAAGCUGGAGAUGCUCAUUUGUGCUGUUUUUUAAAAUCCCCAGAUCGACAAAUUGCUGUUAUGCUGCAAAAGAAACUACAUGAGGCCUUUCAGGUAAAUAAAAUAGAUAAAUAUGUUUAUUUUCUUUUUAUUUAUUUUUUUUUUUUUCUACUACGAGCAAAUGUUCAGAUGUUGCAUCACAGGGGAGAUACUCAUUGAACACAUCUAAAAAAGGAAAAGAUAACACUUGAUGCCAUACAAAUACUUUAAGAUAAGCUGACAUCUCAAUUGUCGAAAAAAAAAUUGUGGAGCUUUGUAAAAUGAACAUUGCAGAUAUAUUUUUCUAUUCAAACGGACAUGAAAAUCCUUUUUCUUUUUUGUCCUUUAUUGUGUUAUUACAGCGCGUCUGUUUUUUUGGGGGUGUUUUUGAAUAAGCUGUGUUUUUUUAUUACUCUUUUCCAUUCACAUCAUCAUCAUGAAAUCUCUGAAACCCCAAACAAACAGACUGAACCAUUUCUUCCCCUUAUAAAUACUUUCUAAAUUAAUAUCUCCCACACAAGUGUCAUAGUCCGGAGUUAAACCAAAAGGGAAAGGACCCAAAAUGCAGAAAAAAAAGGAAUUAUUUAAAAAGAAUGAAAUAAAAAAGCAAGAAAAAAAAAUCUACUAGAAAAGCACUCAGAGAGCACAGACCUCCGCCAAGUAGCUCAUGUCCCCCCUUAAACAAGAAAUGUCCUGACCAGGAUCCAAACCCAGGACCUUCUGAUUAUGAGGCGACCGUGCUAACCACUACACCUCUGUGCCACUUAUCUUGCCCACUUUGUCGCCCAUUAGUUAUCUUUCAGCAUUGAAAAUUCCAACGACACCCUUAUUUUUCGGUGUUCUGGAUAACAGUAUCCAGAAUUUUGUCCAGAUCACCACCAAAAUUUAACGGGAUCCCCCUGGGGCUGAGACGCACCUCUGGUGAAAAUUUCAGGUCAAUCUGUCUGUUACUUUCUCCGUGAAGUUGCUAACAGACAAACAAACCAACGCUACCGAAAACAUAACCUCCUUGGCGGAGGUAAAAAGGGCAAAAUCCACAAAAAUCACUGGGGCAAAAUUAAUGGAGCAACAGGGGACAAAAGCAUACGCAUACAGACAUACAGUGAACCAACCAGGACAGAGGGGAAGACGGGGACUAUAUAUAUAUAUUCACACUGGGAACCGAGCAACAGGUGAGGCAGACGGACACAGGUGAAACUCAUGGGUGACUAACAAAGUGUGGAAAACUAGGGGAGUAAAACCAGACUACAAACACAGGGAAUCAACUAUUACAAAAUAAAACAGGAAACACUGAAAGCUGGUAUAAAGAAUAAAACACAGAGAACAGGAGGGAAACAGGGUCAAACACAAACUGAAAACUCACAAGACUGGAUCACAGGAACAAUAGGGAAUAGAAACACUAGGAAAAACAAAGAAAAUACAGUCAAAUAACAAAACCAAGGAAAAACUAAAUUAACAGAACAUACAAUGACGACAAGUCCCUAACACUAAAGAAGUCUGGCAGGUGUUGGUGAACUCAUGAUUGCUGUUACUAACAUGGUCUCCUAUCUGCAGGCUUUUGUGGAGAACAAGUUGGGCAGUAUGUCAUACCUGGCAGCCUUGCCAGUAAAGGUAAGAAAAAAUACAGAGCAAUCAUAGAUAAAACAAAUUAUAUGAAAGUAUAUACUGUAUAAAGGAACAUCUAUAAAGAAAUGCUUAUUGGGGAGCCAUUGGCCUCUGAGCGCUGAUUUAUGAACAAAUUUACCAAAGUAUUUUUAAACAGUUGUUUCAGUUUUAAUUUUUCUGAUGCCAGAUUGUUGAUGAUUUAUCGUGUUCCUGCAGUUUGAAGAGCCAAUCUAUGGCGAACUCAACACAGACUUCACCACAUUCGUUACACCUGGAGCUGUGCUCAGGUCAGUUUCAUGGAGUACAAUUAUUAUUGUGCCUCUAUAUGAAGUUACAGAACCUAGCAGAAUUAAUGUUAAACAAAAUUUUUUGAUGACUUUCUCUUCUUUUGUACGAAUGUUUUUAAGAGAGAAAGUUUGAGACUGUGUUAAACUCAGUUAUUUGCUUUGUAUUUGUUUAAUGAAAAUACAUUUUCGUCCAGUAAUUCUUCUUACUGGGGUCUGUCACGUAACUUUUCCCCUCUUUUUGUCCUUCUUUGGGUCCUCCAGUAUCACAUUUUACUUGGCUGUGGGUCUGACAGCGCUGUCCUUUGUCCUGGAGAGGAAGGAGGGGCUUUUGGAUCGAUGCUGGGUCGCAGGUGAGAGGUCACAGUUCACAUGGUUCCUUUUUAUGUCCACAUUCAAAUGCCAAAAGCUGCACCCCAUUUCAACGUUCACACUUUGAAGAAUAGAAUAACUAACAAUACUUUUUUUUUUUUUUUUUUUUUUACAUUAUUUACUCUGAUGGGAAAAGGAUUAAAAUCCAAACUUUAUUAGUAAAUGAGCUCAAAAAACAAAGAGAAAUAAAUCCUUAAAGUUGGGACUGUGUAUAUUUCUCUGAAUACAUUUUUAAAAUUCUUUUUCUGUAUGUUGCACAUUAGUAUGUAGAGUGUGAACAGUGUUGGGAACGUAGCAUAUUAUGAUUUACAGUUUAGAAAUAGGAUCUUGUCCUCAGUAAAUUAAAAUUGUGUUUGGUGCAGCUGCUGUUGGUCUUUGCUGAACCAAAAAAAUUAAAAAUUAAAAACAUGUGCGAGAGCUACUGUAGAGUUUUUGUUUGUUUGUUUGUUUUGUUUUUGCUACGACACCCUAACCUUUUGAAAAAAGGCAAGAGGAAAAUAUUUCCUUCUGAGAUUUAUAGAAAUCACAGUAAACAUGUUUUUCUUUCUUUGUUGUGUAAUUUGAUAAAUUACCAGUAGAGGGAGUGAUAUGAUCAGGGCUGAAUUUGAAGAUGAUGUUUACUAGUAUCAGACACACUGUUGGAGUGUUUUUUGAAUUGAUAUUUUGUUUUCUUAGAUGUAUUUUGAAGAUUUUUGUAAACCAUUUUGAUUCAUAUUAACCCAAAUCGCCCUUGUGUAGUAGUACUUUAUUUCUGAUAAAGUACCUGAGAGGUUACGACCGAUGACAAGUGACUAGUAUCACGUUUCUCUCUCUUUUUUUUUUUUCUAAUGCGUGCAUGUGUUUGUCUGUCUCUCCUUCAGGUGUGAGCUCUCUGGAGAUGAUGCUGGCUCACCUUCUCUCUCAGCUGUUUGUCAUCAGCGUCCAGAUCAUCCUGCUGCUUCUCUUCAUACUGCUCGUCUUUAAGGUUUGUCUCCCUAAACAGGCUCUGAUGAGUUAAAACAUUACUGAUUUGGCGUCUCAGUCUGUACAGUAGCAAGAAUAAGAGCAGUCGAGAGGAAAGAAACAAUAAAAGACUGCAGUUCCUGAACUGGGCUCAUGAGGCUGCUUCCAAAAGUCAUUCUCAUUUGCACCAAUCAGAAAAUCAACAAAUUGACAGCAUCAUUAACAGGCUCACAGUUUUGGUCUCUUCAGGUUGCUUGUUUACCUUGUUGUCAUUCAGCUAAUCAAAUGAUCCAUUGCUGUGGUUUCCCCUUGGGUCUUAUGAGUUCAGGCUGCAAUCUUUUUAAGCAGGUUAAAGCACACACUAUUGCAGAGCUUUCCUUACAACCUUAGGACAUAGUCUCUUGUCCUACCUGUUCAUUUAGACAAAUGCCAUGUGGUCAGUUUUCCCAGACAGGAAGUACUUUUCAAAGUGCCUGUUACUACUCGUGACAAAGCAAUGCAAUAACCUUUACACUCAGCUAAAAUUUUAAACCCAGAAAUAAAGAAGUACCAUCAUAUUUUUAGCUUAAAGAUACAUUUAUUGUAGGAUUUAGUUUCAGAGGUGUCAGAAAUAUGACAUUAACAUUAUAUACUUGUGCUAAAGGCCAUCAAACAGAGCUUUAUUUUUCAAGAUUUUUGUCUCUUUUCUAUGUGAAAUGUUACAAAUUUUAAGGCACAUUUUAAUAGAAAAAUACAAUGUGAAAUAAACAAACAUCAGAAGGUUAAGUGUAAUGUAAAUCCUCUUAUGUUUGUAAAUAAAAGUCUGAAGGUCAAAGGGAUCAAGGUUUACUGUGAAAACAACAAACUGGCAUGAAUCUGGGGGAUUCUGUUCAUUAUUGGAUAUCAAUAACACGUGAAAUGAAUCAAUACAGGGAGAAGGCGCAUAAACACGAGAUAGAAACCAUUUAAAUGUGUGCGUGUGUGUGUGUGUGUCUAUAUCUGUGUCCAGUCUGUACAGGCACAUGAUUUUAUAGAUGUGUGUGAGAGCGUUCAUGCGUGUGUUAAUUAAGGUGCCGAGGUCCAAAGAGGACCGCCGCUGCAUAAAUCACUUCCUGCGUUUGCCCCUGUAUCCAGGGAUCACUGCUGGAUCGCCACGACAACAGCCCCUGAUUGCUGUGGCAACCAAAUAGUCAUGUGGUCUCUCGGUGCAGGUCUAUUUUUGAACGUUGUCAGGGGAGACGGAUAGUGUCUUAAAACACUGAGGACAAGUGCACCAGCAGACACACACACGCACACACACACACACACACACACACACACACACACACACACACACACACACACACACACACACACUUAUAAAUGCCGGCAGAUUCUCGUGGAGUUAAAGAGUUACCACCUUUAAAUCAUCUGUGCUGAUUCUUGCAGACCUCUCUGUCUGUCUGUCUCUCUCUAUCUCUCCCUCUUAUGACUUUAUUUCGUUAUAUGUUGUCCAAAGCUUCUUUUCUGUCUCAGUUUUCUCCAUCUGUAUGAUUUGCAACCAUUACAAUCAGCAGAAACAUUUAUUUUUACUGAUUUAAUUCUGGUUGUAGAUCAGUGAAAAGCAUCAGAUUGUGUCUGUUCUCGUCUGUCUUCUUCAUCUCCUUCUCUGUUUUGUCUCCAUCCUACAUUUUCAUAAUUUCAUAAGACAUCAUACCUCAUUUGAGAUUUAUUGCAUGUGGAUAAAAAAAACUUGCUCUUCCGUUCAGAUACUCUGUUUGUACGGGUAAUGAUAGCCUGUUUCUUUGCAGAAUCCCAAUGAAGGCUCUUUGGUGCUGAUCAUCAUCCUGAUCAUACUUCAGGGCGUCACUGGCAUCUCCUUUGGCCUGGUCAUCUCUUCUGCCAUCGAUGACGAACAGAAUGCUAACCAGGCCGCUCUGGGCAUCUUCUACCCCAACCUCAUCAUCAGCGGUAGGCUUCUGUAUCCGUUUGAGUGCUGUAUAUACUUGUGUAGAGUUUCACCUUUUUAUGGUAAGUCCUUAGGUGAACCUGCCAGUUUAAGCAGCCUCUUCUUUUAUUUUGAAGCUAUAAACAAAUCAGCUCGAGUGUGAAAAUAGAGUAGGUGGACUGCUAGACUGACUAUCAUCUCUGAAAUAAUUGAAUCAGAGAAAUGUAUGAGUUAAGAACGUGUAGAUAACCUUUGCAGCCAUACGAGUUCAAUACUUCAAACACAGUUAGGUGAAGAUAGGAAAAUAACUUCAACAAACGCUGUCUACUUUCUGAGACUAGAGCCAGAUGUUGUUCAUGUUCUAUCAGGUAGUCCAAGAGAAUAAUUAGAUACAGAGUUCGAUAAAACAUCUGUGAUUGUAAUGGGACAAAGGGGUUAAAUAAGCUUAAAUAAGCCCUCAGUAUUUCCUUCUUAAACAACAAACACCUUUCACAAGGGAGGAGAUGACGUGUAAAUAAAACUGAGGCUUUCAUUUGUUCAACCCUGCUUUAAGUGGCUAAAUUUUGUUGCUAAACCUUAAAGCACAAACGCAUUAUCACAAAGGGAGUUUUUCACUGUUUAUGAAAUAGACUGGAAUUUAAACGCAUUUUAAGACUUGAAAAAGCAAACAAAACCAUCAAUAAAAAGACACCAGUAGAUUAGAUUUUUUUCCUGUUGUUACUUUUGAUUCCUAUAAAUGCUGCCACAGAUAAUGAGAUCAACAUUGCCCUCCCAUUACAACCUUUUUAAAGGAUUUACUGUAACUAUUUGACUGAUAAUACACCCAGAAUGAGAUUUUUUCCUAGACCUGUACAGGACAAGACCAAAAGAAGUUCACAGGUACCACUUUGUCCACAGGGUGGCAAAAAGUUCAGGAAUUUUUUUUAUUGUCACAGUCUUCUUCAUAGAUCAGAUAUUUUAUUUGAAGCAGUGUCAUGUUUUGUUAAAAAUGUUGUGUUUUUUAAUGUUGUGAGAAUAAACAGACCAAGAUCUGGACGAAACAGCUCCUCUCCCAUUCUCUCUUACAGAACAGUCAAAUGAUGGUUAUCAGCAAAAACAAUCUUGUUCUGUUUUGUCAAACUCAUUUUUUCUCCUCAAACUUUAAGGACAUCCAUUGACCUUAAAGCUGCAGUUCAAACAGUUCAAAGUUUGUUAUUGUCCUUCAAAGUCCACCACAGAAACUUCAAUGUCUAAAAUAUCACAGUGGUUUGCACACACUCUGUGUGAUGAUGACAACCAUGUGAGCUUAUUUAAUUCCCUUAGACAGCUAAUAAAAGGCCUCGCAGUGAGAUUAUUUAAUCAGCAGCAGUUACCAAGCAGUUGUUUCAAAACAAAAUCUUUGACCUUUUUAUGUAAUUUUUUCUUAGUCACUUCCUCAUUUUCCACUCCUAGAUGUUGAUCUAAGUAAAACAGUAAGUAAAACUCUCUGUCCUGUGUUGCAGGUAUCAUCUGGCCUGUGGAGUGUAUCCCGAUUGAGUUCUUACCCAGCAUCCUCUCUGUCCUGUGUUGCAGGUAUCAUCUGGCCUGUGGAGUGUAUCCCGUAUCCUCUGCGCUACCUCAGCCUCGCACUCCCUCAGACGUACGCCUCAGAAGCUCUUCGCUGUAUCAUGUAUAGAGGUAAGGGACAUGUUACACAACCCUCCUCGGUUGCAUAAUACAAAGUGCAAUGGCUCAUCUGGUGUGUGGUUGGCGGGCACAUGGCUCUGAUUGUUCUAUACCACACAUCCAGUGUGCCAGGCAGUCGUCUGAAUCAUUAAUCAGUCUAGUUGCUCAGCUUCCUGGAACACCAGGUGUUAUAGUUUCUCUCAGUUUCCCAAUCACUCUCUUUUUCUUGAAGCCAAUUCAUUUGAACGCCACUUAUUAUAUAGAUAACAUUUGCUGUGUACAGGAGGUUAAUAUAAAUCUGUCUCUCUCUCUCUCUCUAAAAGGUUGGGGUCUGUCUCAGAUGAUGGUGUGGCGCGGCUUUGCAGUCACCCUGGGUUGGAACACGUUCUUCCUCAUCCUGGCCACUGUCAUCUUGAAGCUGAGGACUUAACAGUUUCACCCCAUGGAGAACUUUACCUCACUGUUGGGACAGAGCCGUCAGGUGACAUCCAACAGCACAAGACUUACCCAGGCCUCCUGAAUAUGGAUGAACUGGAGGGAGUGAGGGGAGUGGGGGUGAGGAGGGGGUUCUGUGGUUUAAUAGACUGAUGAGGAUGCAUCAGCCCCCCUCCCCUAAAUAAUUAUCAUCACACGCACACUUAAGUCAGCUGCCCGAUCCUGCAACAGUUUCUGGAGCCUGUUCAAGCAGGAGUGAAAUGCAAAAAGCUGCAUGUAGAAGUUCACAAAGAGUAUACACAUUUACAAUAUGAGAAUAGAUAUAUCAUAAAUGAAGGGAGUAUAUAUUCUUAUUGUUUGUUCCACUUCUUUGUGCAGCUUUUUAAAACCUUUCACUCUUGAUGAAGGCCGGGAACCAACUCAGGGUUACUUUUUCCAUGUUUUUGUCUGCCUUCAGUCUUAUUCAGAAAGAUUUGUGAAAAUACUUACUAUAGCAGUUAGACGAUGGUUUUGUCCCCACAGUAUUUGUUGCCUACAUCAAAUUUGUAUCUUAUAGAAACUGUGUAGACGUCAACACUGAAAUGUCAGAAACAAAGUCAGCACAACAAGGAAAUAUAUAUUUUUAUUUAGAUUAUGGUUCCUUUACAAGCAGAAAACGAAGUGAAGCACUGUGAUUGUAUUAUGUCGUGGGGACCAAGGAGAGUCUUCAAAAAGCUGAUCACUCCCUUAUAUGAAGAAAAUUCUCACCCACAGCAGGACUACAUUCUCUCGUUGCUUAUUUGUUACAUCGUCGUCCAGAUUUAUGUCCUUCCUGUCUGCUGUGAAACAGGAAGUGGUAACCGUGUCUCAUCUUGGUGCUCAGCUGCAGUUUAGGUUGAUAGUGUCCUCCACAGAUUUUUUUUUUAUUUUUAUUUUUUUUGUGUGCCUGCAUUCCCUGUGGGAGAAGGAAAGCUUGAUGUCGGUGAUGGGAGGCAUAUUAUCAGUUUAUCACUGUAACAUUUAUUUUUUGAGAAGCUCCACUUUGCUGGACAGAGUGGGGUCUUGGAUUAAUUUGUUCUACAGGUUAAAAUGUGUUAUGCUCUACAAGCAGUCUGAAUACUUGCAAAACAUGAUUAUUUUUUUACUCAAAAGUUUCAAACUGCUUAUACUUUAUACUUUGUUUGUGAAUCUUUUAAUCCACAAUAACUCAAAAUAAAAGCACACAGCAGUGACACUGUUUGGGAUUAAACAUGUCAUCAUUGUGAUGUGCUUUUGGGAUGUUGUAAUGUCUGAACCAAGGGAAAGGGAAGGACAAAUCCUGACAUGAAAAAAAUAUAAAAUCCAGACAAGUCAUAACUUUGGAUAGAUAAAGAAUUGAAUUUGUAGGAAACAUGGUACUAAGCUUGAGGCAAAUAUCUGAUGGUCCUCCUUUUAAUUUGUACAAUAAUCCGUAAAGACAAUCCUUUUUCUUUUUUUUUUUUUUCUAAACAAACAACCACUCUAUAUUCUGUGACAAACUACACAUCUUUUUGGAAUCAACGGUACCACCCUUGUGUGUUAUUGAAGCAUUUGUCACUAUUUCUGGUCCCGGUGUGAUAACUUCGUAGAGUCUUGUCACAUCCGUGUAAGUGCCGGUGUUGGUGUUGAUAUGUUGACAACAUUUUGGGACGUGUUGGAAGGCUAGCGGAUUUCUCUGUUUCUAGUCGUUGUGCUUGGCUAAGCUGAUAACCCAUCAUUGGUGUUGGUGUGUCAAACCUCUUAUAGGUCCCAUCAAAGAUAGAGAUCGGGCAAAGAUGCCAAAUUGUUCAACCAUUCCUUAAAAAUGAUCAAUUUUGACUCAGCCCAGAAUCAUGUGUUAUGCCAAUCCCAUAUAUAUAAGGAAAUGUUUACAUCCAUGUGGAUGCAUGCCUAGUCAGAGUAUUUUUGAAUGAUGUAGAUGUUUUAUCCAGUUUGGCUUGUGGACUGAACAAAUAAAGCAGAAGGUGUUGUGUUUGGAUAUGGCAUGAAUGCUCCCUCUGCCUCACAGCUAUUGUUUAAUGUAAUGCAGAUAACGUUUAUACUAUCAAAAAUGUAUGUAUCUAUUAAGCAGGAUGAAUGAUUAAACUAUAAGUCUGUUACUUUCUUUAGUUGUUUUUUUUCUGGGUUUACACAUAGACUGUAUAUAGAAUGGACACCAUCUGCCUUCUCGCAAGGGGAAGCCAUAGGGAGAACAGUGACCUCUGGUGACAGGCUGCUGUAUAGGUCAUAUGUCCCACCUCCUCCCUAUAGAGCUGUGGAAAAACUUUAGAAAUUAAUUACACAGAAUAUAAACUUUUCUCCCCCCUGUUUGUGAUGUUGACAUGUAGUUACUGUAAGACUGGUUUGUGCUCAAGUCCUCUUUUUUUCUGUACAGCUCCAUUUUUAAAAGUUAUUUGGGGGUUCAUGUUUUCUAUGAUUGACACUCGAUACAGCCUAUGGGUAUACAACGAUUGUGUAGCUCACCGGGGGGAUACGCUGUUUGAGUGGAGCAUCACCACAGCGAUUCUUUACAACGCUACUGUGCAAGUGGUGGUUCCAGAAAGUGGAAAAAUUUAGCUUCAUUCGGGAGGCGGAACCAAGUUGUCCAUAGUAUAUACAGUCUAUGGGGUUACAUAAUGACCUAACAGUAAAGAUGAGCAGAAUGUUGCACAUUCAAUGUCCAGAGAUUUCCCUGCAAAUGAGAGAGCCCUAAAAACUGGUGUGUGAGAAGAAAUGCAAUCAAAUGGGGAUAUAAAAAGACCUACAAAAGCAAUUGCCCCAAGGCUUAACAGUUCUGCAGUGGUCGAGAAUGCUACCUAUCAGUGCAAAGACUGUUGAUCAGGUUUCUAAAUCAAAAUUACAAGGUGCAAGUGGUUCAAUCUUUUCCUCACUCUGCAGUCAGAGAUGCAUUUUUAGAGAAUCAUCAAGAAACGGUGAAAUGAAGUAACCUAAAAAGCUGAUUCCAGCCAUUACAUGCUACAUUAAAAAGUCAAACAAAAUGACUUGAAAGGGCAGAUAAUCCAAGGCAGGUCAGAAGCAGACAGGUCAGAGCUGCCGCCUUAAGUUAAAUGGUCCUGGUUUAAAAUUCAGGGCAAGGACAAUGCUUGGUUGUAGCAGGGAAAGUGCAGGUUUGAGAUAGAUACAAUUGUGUCUACUGACAUUAACUAUGUUUACUUUCCUUUUUCAGUUUAAAAAGUAGAUAAAACAUCUUGUGAUAUUCAAAAAGUGUCAGCCUUUACAGACAGACAGUUCUCUGUAUUGGCUAAAAAUAAAACAUUAUUCUGCUGACUGUUGUGUUGUAACAUGUUUGCACUGUGAGAGCAGAUCAGCCUCGCUCUAAUGAACCACUGUGCAUGGAUUGAAAAAUCAAAGAGCUAAUACCCCUUUGAGAGAUCCAGAUUUGAAUCCAUAUUGACAAUACAUUGAAAAAACCCUCAUAAUUCCUGUGGUAACAACAAGGAAAAAGAAAAAACACUGGUGGGCCACUGCUGACAGAUUUAUUUGAUGACAUCAUGUUUAGUUGCAUCACUGUGUUGCUUGUUACCAUGGUGACUAUGAUGACCUUGCAGGCUCCACUUGAAAUAAAUCUUGGUUCUCGCCUGA